AGUGUCCUAGACUAGCGAGUUGCCGAUGCCGGUUAUGACGGGACCCUUCCCGGCCGUCUUGCUCUCCCUAAUAAACUCAUUCAACCCACCGAGAGGUUGCCCGGGGGUUCUUCAUAGGGAAUCCUUGGCCAUCCUAUCUCUCUCGUUGCGUUGCGAAGCCCUCCUAUGCUGAGCCACUGAGCAAGCGUUCCUCAGCAUUCCUCUCACGCCAUUUCUUUCGGUUUUCUACCUUAUUAGUCUCCUCUUCGCCAUCAAAAAAUGCCGCGAGACACAGAAGACGGAAAGCAGGUGGACGCUGACCACAUCGAAGCCCGCGUCAUUGGCCAGGCCCAGCAUUCACCCCAUGGAAGAACCGACAGGAUAGUGCCGAUGGAGGAAGAAGCGCACCAGGGCGAUAUGCACAUCAACCUAGGCUGGCGGUCAUGGCUGGUCGUGUUCAUCACAUGCUUCGCGAUCAUGGCGCAGGUCUACGUCGUCGUAGCGGCCGGGUCCGUCAUAGCCUUCAUCAUCCGCGACGUCGGCGACGGCUCGCUGGCCGGGUGGAUCAUCCAGGGCCCGUUGCUGAUGCAGUCGGUGCUCUCGCCCAUCGUCGGGCGGCUCUCGGACGUGCUCGACCGCAAGGCACUCGCCACGGUGCCGCCGCUGAUCGCCUUUGCGGGCGCCGUGGUGUCGGCCAGGGCCACCAGCAUGAACAUGCUCAUCGGCGGCGGCAUCCUGAUCGGCGCCACGCUGUCGACCAUCUCCAUCGUGCAGGCCAUCCCGUCCGAGAUCCUGCCGCUCAAGUACCGCGCGCUGGCGAACGGGUUCGCCUUUGUUGGUGGUGCGGUGGGGGGGAUUGUGGGCGGAAUAGGAGCCGGGGCGGUGACGAACGUUGAUGCCGACGGCUGGCGCUACAUCUUCUGGAUGCAGGCUGCGUUCCACGGUGCCACCGCACUGGGGUUGUUUGCCUUCUACUGGCCAGCCAAGGUUGAGCGACCGAGGAGCACCCUGAAGGAGCUCGUGUGGUCGUGUGAUCCCGUGGGCUCGCUUCUCUUCAUCACCAGCGCGACGCUGAUGCUGCUUGCUCUUGACUGGGCUGCCGGCACGUACGAAUGGUCGGACGCCCACGUUGCCGCACCGCUGGCGGUCGGGGUCGUGCUGCUCGUGGCUUUCGGGUUGUACGAAUGGAAGGGCCGCACCGAUGGCCUCGUGGCCCACAUCUUCUUCCACCGCGAUGCCAAUUUUGCCCUCUCGGUCUUCGCCUUCGCCGUCGAGGGCUGGAUCUUCUACAGCGCCGUCAACGCCAUCACGCCCCAGCUCGUGCUCAACCUCGGCUACGAGACCAACGCCUGGGACAUCAGCAUCCGCCAGCUGUCCUACUCCCUCACUACCCUGGCCUUUUCCCUCGUAGUGACCUGGUGGUCGACACGCUUCAAGGAUCUCAAAACACCCUUACUGGUCACCUGGAUCUUCUUCCUGGUCGUUACAAUUUGCUACGCAGCCUUCCAACCCCACUGGAACCAUGCACAGAUCGGGUUCAACAUCGUCGCCGGCAUCGGGCAGUCCGGUCCGCUGACGCUGCUCGUGGCGUGCGUGCAGUUCAGCGCGCCCCACGCCUUCCUGUCCACCGCCACGGGGCUGGCCUUCUCGGCGCGGGCCAUCGGCGGCGCCUUCGGGUCGGCCGUGCUCGACGCCAUCAUCAACGGCAGGCUCGCGUCCCACUACGCCCCGGCCGUGGGUGCCGCAGCCACGGCGGCUGGCCUGCCUGGCGACAGCGUCCCGGCCUUGCUGGCUGCCCUGGCUGCGGGGACGGUCGGUGGUGACAGUGGCGUGGUCGUGGAUGGGGCGACGGAUGCCGUGUGGGCGGCGGCCGUCGCGGAGAGCAGGCUGCAGUAUGCCGCGGCGUACCGGCUCGCGUGGGCGUCCAUUAUUCCCUUUGUGGUGCUGGCCACGGUGGCGAUUGUCUGCAUGCGGGGUGUGGGUGAGCUCAUGACGGAGAAGGUGGAGGCGACGGUUGAGCGGGUGACUGACACCGCGGAGGAGAAGGCGGUGUAGACAUCACUAGAGUCACUGGAGCAGUGGCUUCCAGGUUCCAUCAUGGAUUGCAGGCCGGAAAGUGGAUGCGAUGAGCAUUGUUCUGCGUUGGACGUGUUUGGAGACUGCGGAAACAGGGGCGUGAGGUGCGUGGUAAGCAACUUCGGCUUUCGUGCGCUUUUGGAUUUCCUGGACGCAUCCAUUCCGUGUCAGUGCAAGGCCAUGCUAUCUAUGCUCGAUGUUAUGGUCCCGGUGGCAGUGUGGACAACAAUCAUGUGCAAUGUGCCGAGCUGCCUCUCAUGUUUCGUGAAUCCCGCAAGUCCAGCUGGACUGGGUGGU